UGUAAAGUUUUCUCAUUAAGUAAUAUGGGAAAGCGUGCAUUAGUAUCACAUGCAAAUAGUUCUAGUCAUGUUGAAAUAAAAAGAUUGAAGUCGGAACAAACUUCACUGAUAAGGUUUUUAACCCCAACAAAUUCAAACUCUUCUGAUAGUCAACAAAAUGUGUGUGAAACGGCUUCUGUUGUGGAAGAUAGAUCUAAGAUCACUAACGAACAGUCUCUCACCAAAUCAACAUUUCCUAGCAGCACAUUGACACCUUUUGUGAUAAAAGAUGAUGUAAUAAAAGCAGAGAUAACUUGGGCAUUGGCAGUUGUAAAGAAAAAGAUGUCACUCAAUUCAUGCUCUGAUAUUAAAAACAUUUUCAAAAAAAUGUUUCCUGACAGUGCUAUAGCCAUGCAAUUUCAAUUGGGUCCAGAUAAAGCUUCCUAUAUAAUAAAUUAUGGCCUAGCCCAUUAUUUCAGAGAAAAAUUGAUUAAUGCUGUUACAAGUUGCGAUAAUAUUACUAUCUCCUUUGACGAAUCACUAAACAAAGUUGCUCAAAGAACUCAAAUGGAUCUUGUGAUAAAAUACUGGGACGAGAGUAAAGAUAAGGUUAUGACCAGAUAUUUAAAUAGUGUCUUUCUGGAUCAUAGUACAGCAGAUGAUCUUCUCUCUGCAUUUCUCAAUGGUCUUUCAGAAAUUCAUCUUGAUCUAGCAAAAAUUCUUCAUAUCUGUAUGGACGGACCAAAUGUAAACAUAAGUUUUCUGAAUAAAUUAGAAGAUCACAUGGAGACACAGAACAUUGGUAAAUCAUUUGUGAGAAUGGGAACAUGUGGUUUACAUGUAGUCCAUGGUGCUGUAAAAGCUGGUUUUAAAGUAGUAGAUUGGAAUUUGUUACCACUGCUACGGAAUUUGUACUACUUGCUAAAAGACUCACCCACUCGGCGUGCCGAAUACAUUGCUAUAAGUGGAAGCAGAUUAUUUCCCAAAAAGUUUGGUUCAACAAGGUGGUUGGAGAAUGGUGAGUGCUUAGAACGUGCAGCAGUAGUUGUUGAAUCUGUGAAGACAUUUAUAAACAACAGUACAAAGUUGAAAGACAGCAAGGUGGCUACAUUCUUGAGACAGGCACUCAAUGAUCCUUUUAUUAAAGUUAAACUUUUAUUUUUUCGGUCUAUAUGUACACAAAGUGAGAGCUUUCUCACCCGAUUUCAGAGCAACAAACCUCUUGCACCCUAUCUUUAUAAAGCAGUUGUUCAAUUAUUAAUGAACCUGAUGAGAAAGUUUGUGAAAAAUGACAGGGUCACCGACAAGCAGUUUCUAAAAAUAGAUUUAAAUGCUAAUGAAAACUUGGUACCUCUGAAGAAUUUGGAUAUUGGUUUUGGAGCAAAAAAGGUUUUAAAAGAAUUGAAAGUAAGUGACAAAGAUAUUCUGUGUUUUCUAAGAGAUUGUCGAAAUGUGCUGAAAGUGAUGACACAAAAGAUUAUUGAGAAGGGACCUGUCAAGUACAAAUGUGUGAAAGCUUUGAGCAGCUUAGACCCAGAAAUUAUUAAAAUGCAAUCAAAUGUUGGAAAAUUGUAUUUCAAUGUUUUACUGGAGGUUCUACAUGAUACAAACAGGAUUGAUGAGAAAUGUGCUGUCAAAGCAAAAGAACAGUAUGAUAUACUCUGCAGUAAAGUGCCCAUAAAACCCUAUUCUACAAAGUUUGAGGACUUCAUAUCUGAAAGGAGUGAUGAUGAUGGUCUGGACACAUUUUAUUGUGAAAUUUUGAAGGAUGAUAGGCAACUGCAAGAUCUAUGGUCUAUUAUCAAAAUUUCUCUUUCUUUCUCACAUGGGAAUGCAAGUGUUGAGAGUGGUUUCUCGGUUAACAAAUCACUGUUGAGUGAAAAUCUUAAGGAAGAAAGUUUAGUUGCUCAACGCUUAGUUUAUGAUGGGAUCCAUUUUGCAGGAGGUAUUGAUCAAAUAAAUAUAGACCAGAAAAUGUUGUUAACAGUCAGAGGAUCUAGACAGCGAUAUAUUGAAUCUCUGCAACAGAAAAAAGAUAUUCAGAAGCAGCAGACAUUGAGGGCUGAAGAAAAAAGAAAACUUACACAACAACUUAAGGAUUUAAAACAACACAAGAAAAUGUUAAGAAAAGAUCACGAAAAGGAAGAAAAAGAGAUUGAAAUGAAAAUAAAUACACUUGAGGAGAAAAGGCUAAAACUACAUUAAUAUAAUAGUUUUUGUGUUUUGUGAAUUGUAAUUCAUUUUUUAUUUUCUAAUUAUCUGUAUUUUGAAAAAAGAGGAUUAAUACUAAGAAGUUUCUCUGUAUUUUGAUUGUCCAUUUUGUAAAAAAAUAAAAAGAUUUUACAAUAAAUUAGAUGCAUUUGUUAGAGAAGCUAUAGUAUAAACUUACACCUAUUCCUCUUUAUGUACAAUCAUUGAUUUUUUUUACGUAGGAAAAAUGCUUUAUUUAAAAAUUUUUAAAUUUAACUUUUUGUUAAAAUUAUGUUGCUGUUUAAAAAA